AUGCCGGGAAGAUUGAAUGGUGUUAUCAUUUGUGAUACAGCAACAAAGAAAGCAAAAGCACUGGGAAUAAUUAAGAAGAAAAAUACUUUAUUCGUGGCUGAAGUAAAGGGUCACAUUGAUGAAAAAUACAUUAAUGAUUACAUAAACUUUUUACCGAUAAUAAGAAACUUAGAUAUUAUCACAGAUGAAAAAACAAUUGGCAGUUUUAUGUAUAAUUACAUGAAAUCAAACAAUCUACCAGUUGACCAGAAACAGAGGAAAUUAACUCAGUUAGCAUCAACACACAACCAAUAUCAACCAUUUUCUUCUUAUUAUCUUUGGUAUCUAAUAGACAGAUUUCAUUUUAUCAUCGAUGAUAUUCAAUCAAUUUUAACAUUUACGAAAAACACUUGUUUUAAUGAAUUUGCGAACGAAUUUAUGAACGAAAGACAAAAGGCUGAAUUAGAAGGAAAUAAAGGAAAAAGUUUAUUUUGCAAGAUUUCACUUAAUGGAUCAUAUGGUUACGAUGCAAUGAAUACGCAAAAUUACGCAAAGACUAAAAUAAUGAAUGCACAGAAGGCACGCGUUGCAUGUAUGUCAAAUAAGUUUAAAAACAUAAGAGAAAUAGGUGAAGAUACAUAUCAAGUGAUGCUUAAAGAUAGAUUUUAUAGAUGUGAUACAUGUUUACAAGAGGCAUUCUUCACUUUAGAUAAUGCUAAAUACUGGUAUUUGGUUUUCAUUUAUGAUUUUAUGUAUAAAUGCAUGAAUGUUAAUCGUUUUCAUUUCAUUGAAGGUGAUACUGAUUCAUCUUAUUGGGCAAUCGCUGGCGACCCAAAUCUUCCUAACACUCAAGCAUUUCAAGCAAUUGUUACCGAUAAACAAUUUUAUGAUAAAAACAUUUUCAAAUUCGCACCAUUUGAUUUCUUCUGUUUUGAUGAGAAAUUUAAACCUAAAUUAAAGAAUAAAGCUGAAGAAAAAGCACAUGAGAAGAAGUUAUUGG